AUGCCAGUCGUGAACAUCCCCAUCAAAAUCCUCGGACAGACACACUCGCAUAGUCGAAGUAACUCAUCAUCUUCUGUGGACAACGAUCGUCAACCUCCGCCACAACAGCAACAACCCCAGCAGCCACAGCCUUCACAGCAGCAGAACUAUCAACAAGGACCCACUGUGAAUACCAACAAUAUGCAUAACAACGGAUUUUCUUCCAACUUCCAUCGUAGUCCAAUUCCGGAAUUUCAAAGUUCUUUUUCUGGAUUCCCAGAUGAUCCAGAAUGGUCCAACUUCCCAUCCUUCCCAAACUUCCCAAAUGGAUUCGCAAACAAUGGAUCUAACUUCCCAGAUUUUCCCAGGUUUGGAAGAGAUGGAGGACUUUCUCCAAAUCCACAAAUGCAGUCCAGAAGAAGUCCAACCCCUCAAUCGCCAUAUGGAACAAUAAGACGUAAUUCUCAGCAGAAUCAGACUCCACAGCAACAGCAGCAAUACCAUCAACAGCCUCAGCAACAGCAACAAUCUGCUCCACAACAACGUCAAACGACUCCACCAAACACGAAACCAACAUCUCGUCCUCCAUCCCGUACUCGUGAGCCAAAAGAAACUGAAGUUCCGGAGAGACCAGCAGUGAUUCCAUUGCCUUAUGAGAAAAAACUGGAGAAGAAAGGAAGUCGUGAUUCUGGAAAAGGAGAGGAAAACCUCGAGGACAACAUUGCCAAGAUUAUUCUUGGAAAGGAUAAUUGCGAGUUAUGUCCAGAACAUGAAACGGACGGCGAUCCAUCUCCAUUGACAUCUCCAAUCACCGAGGGAAAACCAAAAAGAGGGAAUAAGAAACUUCAGCGCAAUCAGAGUGUCGUCGAUUUCAACGCCAAAACUAUUGUUGCUUUGGAUAAGAUUGAAGUACAAGUUGAGCAGUUAAGAAAGAAAGCUGCUGAACUUGAAAUGGAGAAGGAACAAAUUCUUCGUUCGCUUGGAGAAAUCAGUGUCCAUAAUUGCAUGUUCAAGUUGGAAGAGUGUGAUCGUGAGGAGAUCGAAGCUAUCACAGACCGUUUGACGAAGAGAACGAAGACGGUUCAAGUUGUUGUCGAGACUCCAAGAAAUGAGGAGCAGAAGAAGGCAUUAGAAGAUGCAAGUGCUAUGAUUGAAGACGUUGGAAUUAUGAUUCAGUCGGACAUUGAGAAGGCCAAAUUGUGCCUCCAAACCUACUUGAAUGCAUGUUCUUACGAGGAAACAGUUGGAGCUACUUGCCAGAACUUCCUGAAAAUCAUCAUUCAAUGCGCUGCCGAUGAUCAGAAGCGAAUCAAACGUCGUCUGGAGAACCUCAUGUCUCAAAUCGAGAACGCCGAGAAGACCAAGGCCGAUUUGAUGGAUGAUGAAAGCGAAUGA